AUGGAGCUCCCAAGACAGCAAGACAAAGGUCCAUCUACUGCAUAUUUGGAUUUGGGUGAUUGUGACCAAAUCUGCGAGCAUUGUUAUGCAUGCUUCUGGUAUGCUGAACGACGGAAAGAUCCUCUUGCUCUAUGGACAAAACAAUGGCGGCGAAUGAGUGAUGAUAUAGUCCAAAGAGCAGCUGCAGAUUCACAUGUUGUGAACUUACAUGUUAAUGAAGUUGACUUGCAACAGUUUUCGCAUAUAGCAUCAGGCCCAGUACAAUGCCCACGCUUCGCUCACUGUUUCCUCUUUCCCUCACGCAAUAUUCCAGGUACGAUAGAACCAAUCAGUCUUACCCCUCUUUUCCUCACGCAAUCUUCUAGGUACGGUUCUCUUCGAUCUCAAUUUGGAGAUUUCGUGAUUUUUCCACCAGCCACUCCUUAUUACCAGAUAAAACACUUCAUGCGAUUUCACUUUUUCCACAUAUCGGCUUCCUGUCUUCCAGAUUCUACAAAAAUGGAUACAAGUAUGGUAGCAAACUUAAACCCUGGUGAUGGAGACAAGCCAAUAGAAAUAAAAGUCAUUAGGAAAUGGUUAUCAUAUGGGAAAAAAGCUGAAUGUUGCUACAUAUUCCUUGAUAAAAGUGGAGAUGCAAUAGAGGCAUGUGGUUGCCUGGGAGAUAAAGGCUACUUUGAUUCGAUAAUCAAGAUGGAUGGUUGUUACUCUGUAAGCAACUAUGUGUGUGACAAUGCAAAUACUUUCUUUGUUACUGUCCCACACAAAACCAAAAUCAAGCUAGGCAGGGCAGCAAAAUUUGAAGAAAUACGUGAUGAUGGAUUUCCUGUGUACUACUUCAAUUUUCUUGCAUAUGGUCAAUUAGGUGCAAGGCUUGAUAACCAUAAGACACUCACAAAUUAUAUCGGAAGAGUUGAAAAUGUGUAUGAAGUAGUCAGAACUCAAGGAAAUGCAAUUUUGAAACUCAAACUAGAAAAUUUGAGUGGAACAAUGAUUGAGACAACUUUCUGGGAUGAGGCGGCUAACUCAUUUGAUAAAGAAGUUAUCGAAGCAUUACCUUCUCCUGUUAUUGUUGCUAUUACUUCAAUGAAAGUCACACAGUAUCUAGGAAAUUUGCAACUGACAGCAACUCCAGCCUCAUAUAUUUACAUCAACCCCACUAUUCCCGAGGCUGUUGCAAUGGCUGCAGAGUUUGUCGAACGACAUAAUCAAAACCCUGUACUCAAGAUACAAUACCAAAAAAGUAAAGAUGUAGAAGUCGAAAAGAAAAGAAACAGGGAGCUCAGUUCACUUGCAAAGCAUCUCUGGUUUUUUAUCACAGCACACAUCGCAGAUGAGACCGCUCAAGCAAAGAUAGUCUUUUUUGAUGCUGCAGCUAGAAUGUUGUUCCAAACAGAUUGCAACACACUCAUUGAUCAUCAUGGAUACACUGAUCUGUACACAUUGCCUGCACCACUCACCAUUCUCAUAGGCCAGCCAAAAAUAAUUCAAUUCCGAUUCGCAAGAUUCUGUAGGCCGGGUGCUAAAGACUUUGUAGCAGAUGCUGUUUUUGAAGAUAUAGUUUCUCCAGAAAAAGAAAGUCACACAGAAACAGACAUUAUCAACCAACCAACUACCUCACCAUCAUAA